AUGGUGGAAAAGUCGUGGGUUCAUCUAAACAUAGCUGAUCCUGGUUAUGAGAGAGGUGCGAGGGAGUUUGUGACGUGUGUUGGUGCAUAUAUAGCAGAGUCUGAGCUGAUCAUUUGCACAUGCGCAGACUGUAGCAAUGUUGAUCGUCACUCAGCCGGUGUUGUGUUUGAUCAUCUAGUGACUAGGGGAAUGGAUUUGAGUUACAAGCUCCGUGAGGAUUGGUAUCAUCAUGGAGAAGUAGUAUCAGGGGCUGGCUGUAGAAGCGAUGCAAGUGAUCGGAACAAAGAGAUUUUAGGGUUAUACCAAGCAGCUGAGUUUCUCGAUGAAUAUUUUGUUAGGCAGCGUGAUGUAAGUGAGGUUGCUGAAGGUGAAGAUAAGGAAGAGGAUGAGUUUCUUGCUAUGCUAGCAGAUGCAGAAACACCACUGUAUCCAAGUUGUGCUAAUCACAGCAAGCUCUCGGUGAUAGUUUCCCUCUUUAGGAUAAAGACAGAAAGUGGUUGGUCUGAUAUGAGCUUCGAUAGGUUGCUUGAGACGUUGCCACAGAUGCUGCCCGAGGAUAAUGUCUUGCACACAUCGUUGUAUGAAGUGAAAAGGUUUCUGAAAUCUUUUUAUAUUGGUUAUGAGAAGAUACACGCUUGUGUGAACGACUGUUGUUUGUUCAGGAAGGAACUUGAGAAGCUAGACAACUGUCCGAAAUGCAAUGCUUCAAGAUGGAAGAUUAACAUGCGCACAGGUGAUGUGAAGAAAGGUAUUCCACCGAAAGUUCUGAGGUAUUUUCCGAUAAUCCCACUGCUGAAGAGGAUGUUCAGGUCAGAGGACAUGGCGAAGGACUUAAGGUGGCAUUUUAGUAAUAAGAGCACUGAUGGAAAAAGCAGGCAUCCGGUAGAUUCUGUAACUUGGGAUCAGAUGAAUGACAAGUACCCGUCCUUUGCUGCUGAAGAACGGAAUCUCAGGCUAGGGCUGUCGACUGAUGGGUUCAAUCCUUUUAGCAUGAAGAAUGUGAACUACAGUUGUUGGCCUGUUUUGCUUGUCAACUACAACAUGUCACCUGAGAAGUGUAUGAAGGAGGAGAACAUCAUGUUGUCAUUGCUGAUUCCUGGUCCAACCCAACCUGGAAACAAUAUUGAUGUGUAUUUAGCACCACUUAUAGAGGAUCUAAACCUGCUGUGGGAGAAAGGAGAGGUCACGUAUGAUGCAUUCAGGUGUAAGGUAAAAGCAGGCAAAAUGGGAUGUCCUGGGUGUGGGAAAAACACAGAUAGUAUGUGGCUGAGUAAUUGCAGGAAGCACGUAUAUAUGUCCCAUCAGAAAGGUCUUCCUCCGAGACAUGCUUAUCGAGGAAAGAAAUCAUGGUUUGAUGCUAAAGCCGAGUAUGGGAGAAAGGGUAGGAUUAUGAGUGGUCGUAACAUAAGCCAAAUACUCAGAAACUACAAGAAUGAAUUUGGAAAUGUGAAAAUAACUGGAAAUAAGAGGAAGAUGAAAGAGGCUGUUGGAUCUGAGUCAAAUACGGAUGAUGAAUCCAGUGAAUCAAAGGAAGAGGAAGAAGCAGUAGAUGAGGAGGAGCUAUCUAGAUGGAAGAAGAGGUCAAUAUUUUUAAAGUUGCCUUAUUGGGAGGAACUUCCGGUGAGACACAAUUUAGACGUGAUGCACGUGGAAAGAAAUGUUGCUGCAAGCCUUGUCGCAACAUUGUUGCAUUGUGGAAAAUCAAAAGAUGGUCUUAACGCUAGAAAAGAUCUGGAACUGCUUGGCAUCAGGAAGGAUUUACAUCCUCAACCCCGUGGGAAAAGAACUUACCUUCCUCCAGCACCUUGGUCUUUGUCCAGCAAAGAGAAGAAAGUAUUCUGCAAGCGUCUCUUUGACUUUAGAGGUCCGGAUGGUUACUGCUCAAAUAUAUCAAGGUGUGUAAAGCUAGAAGAAUGGUUAUUACCUAAAGGUGUUAGAAUAGCUAUUGGACGCCUGUGUGCUUUCUUCCGUCAUCUCUGUCAGCGAGUAAUUGAUAGAGAGAAAAUCUCAGUUAUGGAAACAGAAAUUGUGGAAACUCUCUGCAUGUUUGAGAGGGUUUUUCCUCCAAGUUUCUUCGAUAUAGUGGUGCAUUUGGUAGUUCAUCUACGCAGGGAAGCUCGGUUAUGUGGACCUGUCCAUUUCCGUUGGAUGUACCCAUUUGAGAGGUACAUGAAAGUGCUGAAAGACUUCGUAAGAAAUUUUGCAAGGCCAGAGGGUUGUAUUGCGGAGGCAUAUCUCGCAGAGGAAUGCGUGAGGUUCUGCAGAGAGUUCUUGAAAAAGACAACAAGUGUUGAGGAGAACCCUGAUCGUAAUGCUGAGUUUGAGAGCAGCUCAAUUCUAAAGGGCCGUCCAAUAUCCGCAGCCACUUCUUGUGUUCUUUCUGAGAAGGACUUGAAGAUUCAAUUUGCGACUUGGUUGAAAGAGCAAGUAUCAGUAACUUCAGAGAUUCACGAUGAAACACUUAAGUGGGUGGCCUAUGGUCCUCGGGCAAGCGCAAGGGCUUUUAGUGGCUAUAUCAUCAAUGGUCUGCGGUUUCACACCAUAUCAGUUGACAGACAAACUCAGAACAGUGGUGUUCCGUAUGAGGCAACAACAAUGUGUUGUUCUAGUGCAAAAGACACUUCUCAGAUGGUUGAUUUAGUAAGUUACUAUGGCAGAAUGGUGGAGAUUAUACUGAUCGACUACAACACAUUCUACAUUCCUGUUUUCCGCUGUCUAUGGGGAAACAUAGCAAACGGAGUGAAGGUAGAAGAUGGCUUCACACUAGUCAACCUGAACCAAAGCAAAAUGGCUUUUGCUAGAGAUACAUACAUCCUCGCCUCACAAGCCAAGCAAGUAUUUUAUUCCAGAGUAGAUGAGUCCUCCACUUGGUAUGUAGCUAUGAGAGGUCCUACAAGAAGAUACACUGAAGAAGAUUGUGAAGAUGGUCAUGCAGACGUUGGUCCAUUGCCAGCAGUUUUAGCUAUGGAUGCUGAUGAUUUAGUUGAUGAUAGUAGAAAUGCUCAGGCUGAUUGUUGA